AUGAUCGCCACUCCUGCCGGCAGCCUGGGAAAAAUCUCCUUUAUAGACGCACUCUUUAACUGCACGUCUGCACUGACCGUUACAGGCCUCGCGUCCGUCCGUAUGAAUGUUUUUUCCACAUUUGAUCAGGUCCUGCUGCUGCUGCUCAUGAUGAUAGGCAGUGCCAUUUUCACUUCGCUCGUCCCGGUUCUUAUUCGAAGGCACUAUUUCCUGAAGCACCUGCGAGAGGAGGAAGCUAAGGGCGCGUUCCCACUGCUGGCAACGACAUCAGACGUUGGGGAACAGCCCGGCCGCAGCAACAGGGCUGCGUUUACACGGUCAGAUAGUGUGCUGACCCGGGGCGAGAACAACGACGCGUUUAUCCGACAUGCCAUGGGGAAAAUAGAGGCGGAGAUGCGGAGGGAAGAGGCAGAGUGGGAGAGAAUGAGGGAGAGGGAAAGGGAGGCUGGUGGCGGUGGGGAGGGAGGAGAGGAUGGGGGUGAGGAAGGCGGGGUUGGGAGAAACCCUCCACUGACUCGGCUGCAGAGGAAGCUGUCUCGAGCUCUGACCACUGUGUCUCGGAUUUCAAAUGAACCUGUUGCGCAUGCACACUCUGGCCGAGGCUCCAUGCAGAGCCAGCCGAUUGGUGGGGGGAUUGCGGAGGAGCAUUCGGAGGAGUAUGGAGAGGAGGGGGGCGAGGGGGGCGUGGGGGCAGGGAGCGAUUGGGAGCAGCCUGGGCAGGAGGAAACAGUGGCGCCUUUUGAGAGACGAUUCGUUGAGCUCAGGGCCCUGGAGCUGCUGAGCUGGCUGGUGCCCGCGUAUUUCUUCGGCACUAUCCUUGCUGCCUUUAUUCUCUUCAUCCUCAUCACCUGGUGGUGGCCCGAAUACCACGAUCUGCUCACAGGCGAGUAG